GAAUGAAUUAAGUAAGCUCGGCUUAGCGCAAGUCUGGAUGUCCAGCUUGGAGCUGGCAUGGGGGCUACUACUAACGCUGCAGAGAUAGGAAGUCUUGAUCGUGGCUGGCUGAGGGGUCUGUCGCUGGCGUGCCCUGAUUCCACUCCCAUACUCCGCUCAGCUCAGGAGGAAGCGCAGUAGCAUGGCUCCGACGCUGCUCCAGAAGCUGUUUAACAAAAGGGGCGGUGGCCGGCUCAGUAGUGGCGACUCGACCUCUUCCCCUUUUAGACUGUCCAAGGAAUGCUCAACCUUCAGCUGGUCCUGUUCUGGGUUUGAUCUAAAUGAAAUCCGCUUGAUAGUGUAUCAAGACUGUGAAAGACGGGGCAGGCAAGUCUUGUUUGAUUCUACAGCUGUCCGAAAGACUGAUGAGAAACAGUUUCAGGAUGCUUCUGGAAAAACAGGUGGUGGGGGCUGCCAAAGAAACAGUGGUAUUAGCACAGCUUACCCUCAUAGCCCUUCUGUGAACAGCAGAGAACCUGGCAAGGAAGAUAUUCCUAAAUAUCAGUAUGCCAGGCCUGCUUCUGAUGUCAACAUGCUGGGUGAGAUGAUGUUUGGUUCAGUAGCAAUGAGUUACAAAGGCUCAACACUGAAAAUUCACUACAUACGUUCUCCUCCACAACUUAUGAUGAGUAAAGUGUUUUCUGCUAGAGUAGGCAGCUUCUUCGGAAGUACAAAUAGCUUGCAAGGUAGUUUUGAAUACAUCAAUCAAGAUCAGUCAAGGCUGAAUUUGCAUCCAAAUGGCUUGGGCCAGUAUCAGAAUGGAAGUAUUUUAGCACACAGCACUCCUGUUGACAUGCCCAGUAGAGGUCAAAAUGAAGACAGAGACAGUGGCAUAGCUCGAUCAGCAUCCCUGAGUAGUCUUUUGAUGACUCCGUUACCAUCUCCCAGCUCCUCUUCUAGUUACCAGCGCCGCUGGCUUCGAAGUCAAGCCACAAGCUUGGAAAAUGGCAUCACACCUAGAAAGUCAAUUGAAGAAACAUUCAGCAUGGCAGAUGAAAGUUGUGGUCUCAAUCCUGCACUGAUUCGAAGGAAGAAAAUUGCCAUUAGCAUCAUUUUCACCCUUCCUGAGAAAGAAGAGGCCCAGAGAAAUUUCCAGGAUUUCUUCUUCUCUCAUUUCCCCUUAUUUGAAUCACACAUGGGCAAGCUGAAAAGUGCAAUUGAAAUGGCUAUGAUAACAUGUAGAAAAAUAGCAGAAACAAACCAAAGAGUGCAAGUUUACAUUAGCCGUAUUAUGGAUGCACUGGAUGAAUUUAGAACUACAAUAUGGAAUUUAUACACAGUUCCAAGGAUUGCAGAUCCUGUGUGGCUUACUAUGAUCUCUUGUGCUUCAGAAAAGAAUCUGUUAUGCCAACACUUUCUCAAGGAAUUUGCUGUUUUGAUAGAACAGAGCAGCAAAAACCAGUUUUUUGCUGCUCUAUUAACAGCAGUGUUAACCUAUCACUUGGCCUGGGUCCCUACUGUGAUGCCAGUUGAUCAUCUCUCCAUCAGGGUAUUCUCUGAGAAACAUGCCUCAUCAUCUGUGAACAUGCUGGCAAAAUCACAUCCCUACAAUCCACUUUGGGCACAGCUUGGUGAUUUAUAUGGUGCUGUAGGUUCACCAGUCAGAAUGACAAGGACAGUAAUUGUUGGGAAACGUAAGGAUUUUGUUCAGCGCAUUCUCUAUGUCCUUACAUAUUUCCUACGGUGCUCUGAGUUGCAAGAGAAUCAUCUCAUCUGGAAUGGGCAGCUUAACAAAGGAGAGCAAGCUGUGAAUGGCAGGAAAAUUAUAACGACUCUGGAAAAAGGAGAAGUUGAAGAAUCUGAUUAUGUGGUUGUCACAGUUCAGAACGAACCUGCUCUUGUACCUCCUGUCCUGCCUCAAAAGAAUGGUGGUGAUGCUGCUGCUGAAGAACAUGAAUGCUGCUUUGAAACUGGCUGCUUCAAGGGCAAGCAUGAGAGGCUGAAUGCCGAGGGCAGUUCUGAAGCAUCGCCACGCUUUGCCAGAGUUAGCUCUCCAAAAGGAACUGUGGGAGAAAUUAAGAAAGGGAAAACUUUAGUUAAUUCAGAAACCGCAUGUGGAAGGCAUGGUCUAUUAGAGGAUUUAACUGCAAGAAUGAAUGAGGACAAGCAGCACAAUAUAACAGGGGAGUUGUUUCAAAACCUGACAGCUGUUCCACAUUCCAAGAAGAUUGCCCAGGUCUAUUCUCAACUGGAAAAAAUUACCUUUCAGAUUGGAAGCUCCACCUCACCAGAAUCUGAUUCCGAAACCCAAAGAAUGGAAGUAAACAAAACUUUGGAGAAACGCAGAAGUAAAACUAAAGCUCUUUCAGGCCCAUUACAUAUAACAUCCAGGGCCCCACAAGAGAAAUGUCUUAAAACCUACGCUAGCCAGAAAGUUAGGGAAACAGAAAUGCCAAGGGCACCUUGGCUGCUACCAGUUCCACAGUCUGUCAUUCUCGAUGGAGAAGUCAGCAGGGUAAACUUUGGAAAACUUGAUCAAGUUUAUAAUACAAGCUGUGAAAACUUUGCAAGAAAUUCUCUUGACUGCGAUUCAGGAAGUUCUACUGAUGUACAGAGGUCUGGCCAAGCAGUUACUAAGAACAUCCCCUGUGGGGAGGUUGAACGCAAACUCCAUUGUAGAAUGGAGGAGAACAUUCCUAGAAACGAAAGUUCUGAUAGCGCUCUUGGGGACAGUGAUGAUGAAGGUUGCACAUACAUUCCAGAUGAACAGUCAGUCACUGUUAACUGUAGACCUGAAGAAUUUUUAGAAGUGGAACUGGCUUUGCCAAGAUUUUGCACAGUUAGCUCUCAAAGCAUGAUACAUUUCGGAAGGUCGCUUCUUGGGGGCUAUUGUACCUCUUACAUGCCUGAUCUUGUGCUGCAUGGAAUAAGUUCUGAUGAACAACUUAAGCAACAUUUAUCCGCUGAGUUGAGUCAUACCAUCAAUCAUCCUGUACUAGAUGAAUCUAUCGCAGAGGCUGUUUACAUUAUAGCAGAUACUGAUAAAUGGACAGUUCAGGUGGCUACUAGCCAGAAAAAGAUGACUGACAAUAUAAAACUAGGCAAAGAUGUCCUCGUCUCCAGCCUAGUAUCGUCUUUAUUACAGUAUAUUUUACAACUUUACAAGCUUAAUCUUUCUGCUGACUUUUGUAUAAUGCACCUUGAGGAUCGCCUACAGGAAAUGUACCAUAAAAGCACAAUGCUAUCUAAAUAUUUGCGAGGACAAACAAGAGUUCAUGUGAAAGAGCUUGGAGUGGUAUUGGGGAUUGAAUCCAAUGACUUGCCACUGCUAACUGCUAUAGCAAGUACUCAUUCACCAUAUGUAGCUCAAAUACUCCUUUAAGCUACAGAUAAACUCUGUUCUCUCAAAGAUUUGGGAGUGAAUAAUAGACACAAAAGAAGAGAGUUUGUGACAGCAAUUCAUUACGUCUCAUUUGGUUUCCUGCCUUUUAUGUGGAUAUUUAUCAGUGGAUUUUUAGUUUACAUGAUAUAAAAGAUAUUCAGGGUUUUUCUAUUGUUUAUGUAUCCUUGUAUUUUAAUGAAUGAAUGAAAGGAUUAAAAAUUAAUGAUGGAGAUGUUGUUUAUGUGUAGGAGCUAACUAAACAGACUAUCAAAAAUACAGUUUUCUUCUUUUGCAUUUGUCAUAUUUUUCCGAGUUUCUUCAAUCAGGGGUUUU